UUUAUAUAUCUUGCUGCAUUGACCCACUUCUCUUAGAGGUGGAGAGAGAGAGAGAGAGAGAGAGAGAGAGAGAGAGAGGGAAGGCAUAUAUCAAUGAUGAUCAUAGCAUGGAGGUCAUCAUCACCCCUAUCUGAUCUUCUAUUUCUGAGGAGGUAUAUCUCAUCUUUCUUCCUAGGUUGGUUUCCAUGGUACCCUCAUGUUGGCUUAUUAAGACCACAACACUGAGUAAAAGCAUCUUCCUUUUCCUCUCUAAUUUACCAUCAUCAUCAAUUUGCAUCCACGGAACACCAUCAACAUCACCACUACCACCACCUUCACCUCCACUUUCAUCCAACACCCACCUACCUUAACCCUUCCUAUUCCACUGAUCUGCCAUUAAGGUAAGGUCUUCCACUCAUUUAGUUACUUCACUUAGAAACAAGAAAACUAUACUCAAUAUAUUCAUAUAUACCUACAAAUCCUUCAGUUUUUUUCCUUCCUUCACUUUUUAAUUAGAGGAGGGUUUCUAAGUUCUAUUUUGGGAGGCUCGAUCCUGAUGAACGCACAACCUUGCAGCAUAAGAAAACAGAAAUAACAAGUAACUGAAGCAAUAAUUGAGGUUUCAUGGCGCAACAACUGUGUGAAGACAAAUCGAGGGACAUGGCUUCAUCAACCGGGUUCUGCUACUCAGAUGUGUCUUCUGCUAAUCCAACGGUUCAAGUUCAACCCCAUCUCAUGAACCAUAUUCAAGGCUUUGUGACAGACCCAGAGAUGUUCAACCUCACCACAGGCAUGGAGAUGAUAGGGUUUUCCAAGAAUCUUCAGCAACAAAGUGAAAGCAACGGUGUCAUGUGGAAAAGUUUCUUCGGCAAACCAAGUCAACACGCGGGUCCUUCCUCUUCCAAGACGAUGAACGAGUCUUCAAGCAGUUUUUACAACCCGCAUGAGUAUAAUAAGCAAGAUUUCACAUCAGGGAUUUCUGAGACAAGUAGCGAAAAUUUAAUCGUAGGUGGUGCUCAUGAUUCUGCCCCGUGGCAAGAGAACAGGUUAAUAGUUGAUGACUCUUCUUUAAGGUGUGUGUUCCCUUGUGAAGGUAACGAAAGGCCAAGUCAAGGCCUUUCACUCUCUCUUAGUUCAACCAACCCUUCAAGUAUUGCGUUGCAAUCUUUUGAGCUAAGGCAAAGUAGCCAUCAUCAGCACCAACCCGAUUUUGUUUCUUCAAAAGAGGGGUUCUUUGGAAAAUCUCAGCAACAGCAAAUGUUGCAAGAUGGGUAUUUCAGUUCUAAUAAAGCUGCGAAUUUUUAUCAGGGACAAUUUCUAAUCAAGAACUCCAAGUUCUUGGUACCUGCACAGGACCUUCUGAACGAGUUUUGUAGUCUAGGGACAAAGGAAAAUGAUGUACCAAAGCCAAAGUACUCUCAAAAGAACAAGCAGUGGGAAGAGGAUAACGCUGGCGGUUCCUCAAAGAACCAUUCUCUCAGCUCUCUCGAGUUCGUGGAAUUGCAAAAGAGAAAAACAAGGCUGCUUUCGAUGCUGGAAGAGGUUGAUAGAAGAUACAAGCACUAUUGUAAUCAAAUGAAGGCUGUGGUCUCCUCCUUUGAAGCAGUGGCGGGUAAUGGGGCCGCCACAGUUUACUCGGCGUUGGCUUUGAAAGCCAUGUCUAGACAUUUUAGAUGUUUGAAGGAUGGGAUUUUGGAUCAAAUUCAAGCCACAAGGAAAGCCAUGGGAGAGAAAGAUCCCGUUGCACCGGGCACAACAAGGGGUGAAACACCUAGGCUUCGAAUCAUUGACCAAGCAUUGAGACAACAAAGGGCAUUUCAGCAAAUUAACAUGAUGGAAACCCAUCCAUGGAGACCCCAACGUGGUCUUCCCGAACGAUCCGUUUCCGUUCUUCGGGCUUGGCUUUUCGAACACUUUCUCCACCCGUACCCAAGCGAUGUUGAUAAACAUAUUCUAGCCCGCCAAACCGGUCUCUCAAGAAGUCAGGUUUCAAAUUGGUUUAUUAACGCGAGGGUGAGGCUAUGGAAGCCGAUGGUAGAGGAAAUGUACUUGGAAGAAGAGAAGGAGCAACAAAACAACAUAGCAUCCUCGGAAGGUGGCACAAAUCAUGAAGAGGAUCAAAACCAAUCUCCUUCAACCCGACCUGAGGAUCAAAAGUCAACGCAAGCUUCACUCCUUCGAAUCGACUCAGAGUGCGUGUCGUCCAUCAUCAACAACCCAGAUCAUAAAAACGACACAAAGAGCAGCAAAACCAUCCAAAACGACCACCACAUGAAUCCCACGGACACAUUUGGUUCAGUGGAGCUUGACUUCUCAUCUUACACACACCAUUCCUCCGGUACGGUUCCUUACACAACAAAUGAUCACAAUGCAAAUCAGAGUUUCCACGGUGGCAGUGGAGUGUCGUUAACGCUAGGGUUACAACAGCACGGUGCAGGUGGGGUGAGUUUAGCGUUUCCGUCAGCAACACAAAACUCAUUGUUCUAUCAAAGGGACCAGAUUGAGGAGUGUCAAACGGUUCAGUACUCUCUUUUGGAUGGCGAAGGACAAAAUAUGCCGUAUAGGAAUCUUAUGGGGACACAGUUGCUUCAUGACUUGGCAUGAUAAUGAAAAUAUAUUCCAGUGGUUAUAGAAGGCAAAGCUUAUUCAAUUAAUAGUGAAUCAUAUGUAGGACCAUUGAAAUUAAUUAAAGUAGAAAGGUUAGUUUUAAAUUUAAAUUAGCUUAAUUAGUACAUAUAGAUAUGAAGCUUUACACUUAGAUAAUACAUGCUUUCAACAUUUAUUAUUGCCUAUUCUAUUUUGGAAUUUGAAUCACCAACUGAUUGAUGCGAUAGUAUUAGAUAUACAGAUUUUUCAUAUGGUUCCUGUUAUCCUUAAUUUUUUUAAAAUUAAUUUUUGUUUUUCCUGGAAAAUAUACCUUUUUGUAAAGCUACUUGAUCAGUUGUUGAUGGGGCUCCCAUUCAUCACUGAGCCAACAGCUCGAGUGGGAAAUAAAAUUCUUUUUUAGGAUUGAAGAUAGGAAAAUGAUUUUUGUAUCACUAAAGUGGAAUAUCUUUUUGGUGCUCUAU